UCUAGGUACAAUAUCCUUUUGACGGGCUUUAUUUUUCCGCCCUCUCUUUCUGAAGCGCGCUUGCAAUCUCUCCGUCUACAAACAAUCAUGCGCCCAGCGUCAACGUCCCUGGUGGAGGACGACUUUGUGCGCGAGGUGAAUUCCGACUUGGAUACGCCCAACUCGGCGACCUUUUACAACGCGCUGCCCGUCUUGCGCGGGUCGUUCCAGCCGCUCGAAAAGCGCGUCGAAAAGGAGCGGCACGACCUCAAGAAGGUCGCCAAGGUCGUCAAGUCGAUUCUCCAGUCGGCCCCGCAGCAUGUGCAGCUGGAAACAACGUUUGCAGAGUGCCUGAAUGAGUUUGGCGACUUGGAAAUGGCGCGCGACGACGAGACAGCAUCGCAUGUCGGCAUGUCCUUCCUCAAGUUCUCGGUCGUUGCGAAAGAGCUCGUCCACCUUGAGGCGGACCUGCACAAAAAGAUGAACAACAUUCUGCUCUUCCCGCUCGAUGCCAUGCUCAAGGCAGAAUCGCCUGCCGACCUCAAAAAGCAGUACGAGCGACAGCUUGCCGUGUACGAGUCGCUCAAGGCCAAGAGCGAGAAGAAGAACUUCAAGGACGAGGCUGAACGUGUGGAUGCCGAGCAGGACGCCGAUCGAGGCAAGCGCAUGCUCCAAAUCCAGACGUGCGACUAUCUGAUCAAGAUGAAGGAGCUCAAGGCCAAGAAGGACAUUGAGUUUGUUCGCCACCUCACCGAAUACUACCAUGCUCAGUUCUCCUACUUUGAACAAGCCAAGCAAACCCUUGAGAAUAUUCAUUCGUUCGUCGAGACGAUCAGCGGUGCAGCGCAAGAGUGGAAGAGCCAGCACGAAGAAGAAAAGAAGGUUCUUGUAACUCUUCGGGACAACAUUCGCAACACGCUGCCCGCUGACAAGGUUGGCGGAACUCCUAGCGGCACCGUGCUGCUGGCUGCACCCAAAUCUGACAAGACCAAAGGAACGGAACGAAGCGGCUAUCUGCAAAAGCGCAGCGAAAAUGUCGUCAAAGCGUGGCAAAAGCGCUGGUGUGUUGUGCGAAACGGCACUCUGUCACUUUCUCAUUCACCUGAAACCGAACCCACUGUCAACCUCAAUCUCAUGACUGCCUCGAUUCGCGAAAAUCCUCCUGCAAGCGAUGUUGGCGACCGUCGAUUCUGCUUCUAUCUCAUCACUCAGGGCCGCACCUAUGUCUUCCAAGCUGAAAGCGAGUCGGGCAUGUCGGCGUGGAUUGCUGUCAUUCGAAACUCGAUUGAGGAGCAGUUUGAGCACACUAUUUCAGGACCAGCUGCGGACGAUACACCUCUGGGUCCGCAUGCGGCCGCUUGCGCUCAACAAGCCAAGGACAAAUUGGUGGAAUGGAUUGCUGAUAUUCGCGCCCUUCCUGGAAACAACCGCUGUGUGGACUGCGAUGCGGCCGAUCCAGAGUGGGCAUCCCUCAACCUUGGUAUCAUGAUGUGCAUUGACUGCUCUGGAGUGCACCGCGAGCUUGGUGUGCACAUUUCCAAAGUCAGGUCCUUUGUUCUGGAUAACAUCAACCCAUCCGAGCUGCUGAUUCUCAAGUCGCUCGGAAACACGGCAGUCAACGUCAUCUACGAGAGUGCCCUCAGCGCGACCAAGCCCAGCCCGCAGUCCUCCAUGGAUGACCGCAAGACUUUCAUCUAUGCCAAGUAUCGUGACCGCGCCUAUGUUCGGGCUGUCUAUCCUCCCGACUCCGAGCUCACAGAACUGUUCGCUGCCAUCCAUGACCGUCGCGUGAACACUAUUUUGCAGCUCAAGGCCCAAGGAAUGGACUUCAACCAGUCCAUCACACAAGACGGCAUCGAGACGUAUGCCGUGCAUCGCGCAGUUGCCGAAGAUUCCGUGCUUGCGCUCGAUUUCAUGGCACACAACAUGGCUCGCAUUGACUUGGUCGAUCGCCAGGGCUAUACGCCGCUAACCCUUGCUGCGUAUUACGACCACAUUAACUGCGCUCGCGUGCUGCUGCGAAGUGGCGCCAUGUCCGAGUGCAAGACUGCCGAGUCGUGCGUUCCUCUGCAGGUCGCGCGCACCAAUUACAGCGAGGAGACAGCGCGCCUGCUCGACAUGGCCAUUGAGGAUGGCUUGCUAGACUGGUACACGGUGCCCACCAUCGAGUUCCCCACGCCGGCUGUGGCUUCGCGAGCCAGCACGACCAGUCGCAACCAAGCUCCAGGACGACCCCAGACAGCACCUGCAGCAGCUGCGGCAACGCCAGCGGCGACCACGCCGCCCAACCCCAACGCUGCUGGUCGGCCAGUGCCGGUUCCGCGCGGUGCAAGCAAGGCCGCCGUCGCUGAUUCUGUUGACACGGCAACCUUGAUUGCACUCGCCACGGGCGAUGAUGCCGAUUCGGUCAAGCCUACACCACGGCCACGCACCAUUGCCCAAAAGCCUGGAGAGUCAUUCACCCCGCAGGCGACGACGGGAAGUCCAGUACCGGCGGCCCGAGCACCCGCGGCCUCGGCGGCGGCAGUGUCGGCAUCUCCUGUUCCUGCAGCCCGCGCCAGCCGACAGCGUGCCAUCGCACUGUACGAUUGCUCGGGUGAGGACGACACUGAGCUUUCCUUCCGCAAAGGCGAUAUUAUUCUAGUGUACGAAGACCAAGAUGACGGCUGGAGCGUUGGUCGUCUGGAGAAUGGCAAGGACAAGAAAAUCUUCCCGUCCAACUAUGUUCAGCGGUUGUGAGAACAAUCGAUAUUUUUAGGCGCUGUCGGCCUUUGGUGUGGAAAGCGCCGUGGGUUGUGAAUGUGUGUGUGCAUGCGUGUGUGCGUGUGUGUGUGAGUAUGUGUGUAUGUGUGUGGUGUGCUGGUUGUGCAUUAUGUGAUUAAUAAUAGGAUGUUUAUCAUUG